CCCCACACACACAACCCCCAAAAAAAAAUUAAUCCCAAGUUUGCAAUCAGUUCUCCUGCUGAGAAGUUCCAGGGAACUCACAAGAUGGCAUUGGGCGUUUCGCUAGAAAAGACUGCGGGCUUCAUCAAGAACCUCAGAACUGAGCCAAGUUUCAUUCUGUCUCAGAACGUAGCCACCAACUGCAACCUCCUGCAAGCUUACCUCCACAGACCGGUCAUUCAGGAAACCAGCCAUGUGUUCCAACACGUCAUCCCCACGGAAGGCAAGCCCAUCACCAACCAGAAAAGUACAGGUCGCUGCUGGAUCUUCUCCUGCCUGAACAUCCUGAGGCUGCCGGUCAUGAAGAAGUUUAACGUCGAAGAAUUCGAGUUCAGCCCGUCCUACCUGUUCUUCUGGGAUAAGAUUGAACGCUGUUACUUCUUCCUGGACACGUUUACCAAGAUUGCCAAGAGAACCGGAGAAGACGAAGAACAGAUCGAUGGGAGACUCCUACAAUUCCUGCUCACAAAUCCCGCCAACGACGGGGGGCAGUGGGAGAUGCUCGUCAACCUCAUUGAGAAACACGGAAUCAUCCCUAAAAAGCUCUUCCCUGAAUCUCACAGUUCAGAGGCCUCCAGGCACAUGAACGACGUUCUGAAUCACAAGCUGCGGGAAUACUGUUUCCGUCUCAGAAAGAUGGUGAAAAGCGGAUCUUCUGACGAGCAGCUCUCGGAGGAGAAGGACAAGAUGAUCGAAGAGGUGUUCAGGGUAGUUAAUAUUUGCCUGGGCACCCCUCCCGCAACCUUCACGUGGGAGUACAGGGACAAAGAAAAGAACUACAAAAAGAUUGGGGAGAUCACCCCUCUGAACUUCUACAAGGAGCAUGUCAAGCCACUUUUCAACAUGGAAGACAAGGUCUGCCUGGUCAACGACCCGAGACCGUCCAACCCCUAUGGAAAGCUGUACACUGUGGACUUCCUGAGCAAUAUGGUGAACGGGCGGAAGUGUCUGUACAACAAUCAGCCCGUUGAAACGCUGAAGAAAGCAGCCGCUGCAUCCAUCAAGGACGGAGAGCCAGUUUGGUUUGGAUGUGACAUAGACAAACAGUUUUACAGCAAGUUGGGCAUCAGUGACCUGAAUUUACUCAACCAAGAGCUGCUGCUUGGCGUUUCGAUGAGGAACCUCAGCAAGGCGGAGAGGCUGAUGUUUGGCGACUCAAUGAUGAACCACGCCAUGGUGCUGACGGGCCUCUCCGACAAGGAUGAAAAGGAAGGUGACUUUCUAAAGUGGAGAGUUGAAAAUUCAUGGGGCGAGGAAAGCGGGAACAAAGGUUACUUGGUCUUAUCGGACGAUUGGUUCUCGGAGAACAUCUACGAGGUGAUUGUGGAUAAGAAGCACCUGUCAGAGGAGAUCCUGAAAGUGAUGGAGCAGGAGCCCAAAGUUCUUCCGGCUUGGGACCCAAUGGGCACCCUAGCGUGAACAGCCAAGACUUUCCCAAUUAGCUGUGGUGCAAUUCUUCCCAGCAAUACUAGGAUGUUUUUUUGAAUACGUUGCAAAGUAAGAAUGUUAAACUCCUGCGUACCUGAACGGGAUAGGCAAGUGUUUAACCAUUUAAAAAUGCUCGAACAUUUUAAAUCCGUGCAGUCAUUGAACAAUCAUUGUAAGCGCAUCUCAGACACCAUAUUGUAGGCAUUUGACCGCUUCCUGUUCCGUUGCCCGAGAGUACAGUUGCCUUUCCACAAUUUGGAAAGAGAUGGUUAUUAAUAUCUAUGCAAACUUUACGGGGGUGGGUGGGUGAGGGAGCCACUCAGUGUUGACAACGAGAGUGGCAAGAGUGUGAUGUUCCACUGUUUGCGUAUUGUUUGCUCGAAGCCAAUGCUAACGGAGCAAAUCUCACUUCAGUAUCAAGCUCCCGGGGCUGAAUACAUGUGUUCGAUGCAGUGCACAGUUUCCAUUGUUACACUGCAACAAAGGGCCCUCUUCCCACCCCUUCCCUCCCCACCCUCCAAAUCCUAAAAUGGGUUUUAGUGCCAUGAACUGAUCACUAAAUGUUGGGUGCAGUCAGAUUUCGCCCAUCAGACAGGAGACUUUUAUCCAAUCAGCCAGACUGAAUUGAGUCUCAAAUCCCAGUCCAACCCGUUCUGCAAUGUCCAGCUGUCCUAUAGUAAUUUUUCCCCCCCACUUCCUCAACUCCAAAUAGAAUGUAUCGGCUCAAACCACAAACUCGCUUCUAAAAGAUGAAAAAGAGCUAAUCACGUGCCCUCUCUUGUCUCCUGUGUACUUUUCCUGAGUCUUCCUUUGAAGAGCAAUUCACCCCAUUUCACUCCCAUUACCAUUGGCGUUCUGUCAUCCAACACUGAACCACCACAUUCCCCAAUCAUCUUAACAUACUUCCAAAUAGCCGUCAGUCUUCCCCCUCCCUUUCCCGUCCCCACUCUGCCCUAGAACUUAGGCUACGAAAUGGUGCAAUUGCUACAUGAUCAGGUCUACUCUUUGUACACUUGUGAACAACGUUGGGGAAGACCCAGUACCCCAUUGUCUAAGUUGAAGGUACAACAUAGUUAUCCAAUGAACGUUAAAUCACUGUUAUGGUGCUUGAAUAAAGAUGAACGCAAACAUCGCCA